GCCCGAUGCGCGACUGUGCAGUAUUUACGGAGCGCUGCUCUCGGUGUGCGUGGCUGAGGAAGAUACCUGGAAACUUUGUGUUGUGAAGAAUGAUCACCUUUUAUUUUGCGUGAAGUCGCAGUUUUGAAGAGGAGGAGACCUCAACCCGCGCGUCCUUUUCCAUUCAAAGGUGUGCUCUCUUCUCUUCUGAAGCUUCACCACGGCCCUCACCUGUGUGCUCCACUGUUUCUCCUGCGAGUCAUCCUGGGUUGAUCGGCCCUUCCUGCUGCGCCCCCGCACCGUCUCUCCCGCCACCGUCGCCAUGACCCGCUCCAAAACCUUUCAGGCCUACCUGCCCCACUGUCAUCGCACAUACAGCUGCAUUCACUGCCGAGCGCACCUGGCCAACCAUGACGAGCUCAUCUCAAAGUCUUUUCAAGGGAGUCAAGGCAGAGCCUACCUCUUCAACUCAGUGGUGAAUGUGGGCUGUGGUCCAGCAGAGGAGCGGGUCCUGCUGACGGGUCUGCACGCGGUGGCCGACAUCUACUGUGAGAACUGUAAAACCACUCUGGGCUGGAAAUACGAGCAUGCCUUCGAAAGCAGUCAGAAGUACAAGGAGGGCAAAUUCAUCAUCGAGCUGGCCCACAUGAUCAAGGACAACGGCUGGGACUGAAGAGCCUGAGCUACCCGUGGCCCAUAAUGCUGGAAACAAGAUGAAUAAUUAGUUUCAUUAUCUGGCUGUAACUUCCUCCCUGGAAAUCGAUCUACCUGACACGCACCUCGAAACCUUGAGGAUGCCAGGUUCAUAGCAGCAGCAGCAUCGCAAACCCCCUCUAUUCCCGUGUAUAUGUAUGAAUACACGUGCGUGACUGAGCGAAUGUGUGCCGGCUAGACACCAAGUGUUUGUAUCGUGCGAGUUUUUUCCUAAUUGAUUUAAGGAAGCGCUAGCUGACACAAAUUGAGGUUUGCCUUCCUUUGGGGUUGGCCAAGGUCACAGGUUUGUCCCACACUCAGGUUUAACUAAUGGCUGGAUCCAAUGGUAAAAGAAGGGUGAAUGAUGAACCCGUUUAAGCACGGCACCUUUGAACUCAUCUGUGUUUUAAAUGAGGGCCAGAUUUACUACACAGGGCGAAAUGGUGUGUGGCGCUAUCUUAUAAAAGCACAUGAAAUAAAGAGCUAAUUUUUUUUAGAAAUGCAAAUCUACCAAGAACAAAUUCAGACUGUUCACACUUGUGGUUUGGUUAUCUUGGUGUGUUUGAACCGGACCAAAGAUGCAAAAAUAAUAGAUUUCCUUUGUGUUCACUUAUGCAGAGUUCAGACAGCUUGAUUUUAGCCCCGAUUUUGACUCGCCGUCAGGUUUUGAGGAAUCGCAGACAAAUGCCUGAACUCACAGGCAAAUCACUGCUAGUUCAUGUGAGUAACAAUCUUGGCAGUUCGCGGGUCUUUUACUCAGCGUUUUCCCCUUAGCAAAGAAACUUUCCAAAGAUGUCUGUUUCUAACUCAUUUUGCUGCUUGUAAGUUAAAUUUGGGCGCUCAAGUGACCGAGAUGUAACCAAGAAAAUACGGUCAUUUUUCCAAAUAAAAGAUCGUUCAGACUCAGAUAAUAAAUAUAACAGAAAUAAUUAAUGAUUUCUUGUGCGGCUCGCUACCAAUUCAUCCACGGACCGGUACUGGUUCGCGGCCUGGUGGUUGAGGACCACGUUACUAUGUGACCUUGCGUUGUUUCCGUAUGACUUCUCGCGUGUGUUUGGUUGUGAGACGUAGUUUGCGCACCGAGACAAAGUUGUCUGCAAUUCUUCCUAUUGUUAAGUUAUUCCGUGUGAACCACGCUGUCGCCGAUCCAUCUUGUGGUGUAAACACAGCAGCGAUAGACGCAAGAUAGUCAUGCAGUGUGAAAACAUCUAUGACGUGACCACUUAGAAAAUCAUGCAGUCUGAACUCGGCAUUAAGGCUGGUUUAUUCUUCUGCAUUGAGUGAUCGGCGUGACGCACAGCGCCUGCCUUGCGAGUAGUCGUGCAUUUAUACUUCUGCGUGCUGUUUUUGUUGCUCUGCAACUACACUUCGAAGUGCUAGCUGGCAGUAGGUUUUUAUGUUCCUCUGUGUUUAGUUUCUUCACUGGUGUUUUGUUUUUCUGAACGCUUCCUUAAUGUACAAGUAGCUCAAACUUGCUCAUUCAGAGGCGGGAACCGGCAGAUGUGCAGCAACUUUAAUCAUAAGGUAAACACAAAAGUUUCCAUCUGGAGCUCCUUCAUAGGACUCCACACUUGUAAACACUUGCUCCAUCGGGCGCGUGGCUCUCAACACCACCCACACUCAUCCCAGCUACCAAACCAACCAAUCACAGAGCUUGCAUUCUGCAUCAUUGUAUGCAUGCAUGGUGUAGUUACAUUUUUUGAGUGGUGCGUGUCGUUGUCAGCCACGGCGAAGGCUAUGCAACCGUGCGAAGGUUGCACCGACCAUACGUGUGCGCUUGGCGCAGAAGUACAAACCAGCCUUUAGUGUUCACAAUGUCAGUCGUUAAGACUAAAUCUGUAGCUGUAGCAACACAAAAAAGAAUGCCUUUAUGAAAUAUAUUUUUAAACAGAGCUAGUUUUAUAUGCAUACAUGUGAUGGUGAUAGUUGAUGAAAUGUAAGCAAAAACAGUGUCAGGAAUACCUCCGUCACACACAAAUGAAGAUUUACGAUGAGGCAUUUAUGACACCUAUAUUGAACUGUAAUAGGCAACAUUGUGACUAUGAUGAGAAAAAAGUAUGCUUGAAAAAUCUGUCAAAAAAAAAAAAGAACUGCACUAUCAGAGCAAUCACACCAUGUUUCUUUAUCAAACCUAACAUGAUAAGUGUGAGAACACACCCUAUGUUUACUCCAUUCCUCAUCCACAAAAAGCGCAAAAUUGUUUGACAUGCUUUUUUUCAUCAUUAAAUAAUGGCGCAAAUACUAGUAAACUGAGUACCGCAAACCUUAGUAAAUCAUGUUGCAUCAUUAUUUUAAAGGGCUAUAUGUGGAAUUCAGAAAUAUAGUUAAUAGCAUCACCGGUGGUCGUUAAAUGAACUGCAGCAGUAACUUAUUCUGGCUCUUUUACACUGACCACUUCAGUAUAGUACAGUACAGUACGGUACACAUUUACGUUUCCACUGUCAAAAGUGACCAAACUAAGGUAACACUUUAGGUCACAAUUCACAGUGUUAACAAACCACUAACUAACGCUACUAGCUUAAUAAACUACUAAUUAGCAUUUUAUUAGUAGUUAGUAAGAUAGAAGUUGGGUUUAAGGAUGUAGAAUAAGAUCAUACUUUAUAAGUACUAAUGAACAGUUACUAUCGUAAUAAUAGGCAGGUAAUGAGCCCGUUGUUAAUAGCAUGAAUUGUGACCUAAACUAAAGUGUUACCUAAUAAUGAACUGUACCGUACCACUUUUUGGGGACCCUUUUGUAAGGAAGCUUAGCACAACAUUAUGGCACCAAAAGAGUGGAGCUAGACUCACUGCUGAAUGUUUAUUGGUUUACGAAGAAUUGUCAUCCAUGCAUGCAACAACAUUUAAAAUGCGCCAUUUUAAAUACACGGCUAAAACGCAACAUUGCAAUUCAAUGAUGAUGGACAGCAAUGAACCAAGGUCAACCUGAGCUUGAACAAAGCAAGACAAGAAUAUGCUGUGUGUGUUUUGUUGUUGUUUAUGGCAUCAUUGACAUGUUGCGAGCAUUUGCGGCGCAUCUAGAUUUGAAAUAAUGAACUUAAGUGCACCAAAAAUGUGAUAUGUGAAUGGCGAGAAUGAUGGGAAUCGCAACUUCUGGCAUACACCACACAUACCAAGUACAGGUACUGCUGUCACUGGAAAGUAAGCCUGAUUAGACCUACCCAUACCAAACCGUACUGUAUACUGUACUGAAUAGUAAGAAACAAUCAUUAUUAUGUAAAUGUGCUUCACUGUUUCCUCUCAAAAACAUAAUAAAACACAAAAACGUAACUGUAGUGAGAAAACAAUAGUUCAGAAAGCAUCCCUGAUAGCACAUGUACAUCACAGAGACGUCUAUUGGUUGUGUGUUUACAUCUCGAAGAUGUAUUUAUUACAUCUGCGUUAUGUCUAUUAGAUGUCUUUUUAGAUGUUAAAUAGACGUGUAGAAAAUGUCUUAAGAUGUUUAGGAUUUAGAACGUUUGUUAAAUAGACCUUUUAAUGACAUUUAUCAGAUCUUCGUAUAUAGCAGAUGGUAUCCAAACCAAACGAUCUAUAACCCUUUUGUACUGUUGGGGAUGUUUUCAUCCACUCUGGGGUGAUUUUGAGUCUUAAUUUGGCCCUAACGUUUUCUGUGUUUCAGCCAGCAGAAUGAUUUUUGGUGACAAAUCCUGUUUUGACACAUAUUUUAGAAAAUGCUUUGAAUUAAAAAAAAAAAAACGAUACACUCUGGGCAAAUGUACUACCCUUUUCUUAUGUUUGAGAUGAAAACAUCCACUGAAUUAAACUGUUGUAAAAAUGCAUCAGAUUAAUAUAUUUUGGAUAAAUCUGUUAAUCAACCUCUGUCCUGAUCAAAACUACUAAACUGCGUUAAAAAUUACAGAAACUCUUUAAUUGACAAAAUUCAUAAAUGAUGUCACCGUAUUGGUGAACAAACACACACAAAUUGUUGUAUUUUCAAUGUAAAAGUAAUUGUGGACUGGAUUUUUUGUUUUACUUUUAUCACAGUCUUGGACAUGUGAAACAACAUUGCCUUUGCAUUGUUUUUGAUUGAUUUUCAUUUUUUUCUCCCUAGUUUACUGUUGGUGGUUGUUUUUGCCCCAUUGAUCUCCAUUAUAACCACCUUUUUGAUUGCAAAACCAUGACACCAUAUAAUCAUGCAUUUUUAAUUGUGGUUUUCCCUGUUGUAAAGAGGUCAGAUUUCUACUGUUGAUCAUCAGUUGGCACCAUUAACCCUUUAGAUAGGCCAGUGCAAAUUAAAAAAAGCUUAAUUUCUGGAUUUAUAUGGAGUAUAACAGCAAAUUAAAGUGUGUCUAUGUGUGUCUGUGAGUGUGUGAGAGUGACCUCUGCGCACUUACCUUGAUGUGUCUGAGAAAAAUCUAAAUAUGCAUCUCAGUUCUCAGAACUACAUGGAGUAAACAAAAACAAAGACUGUGUAUUUAUGCACCAUCAACUGUGGUUAUAAUGGAAGUCAAUGAUCAAAAAUAGCCACCAACAGUAAAUAAGAAAAAAAUCAAUAGAAAUGUGGCCUAUUUUGAAGCCAGACCUAGCAGAAUUUCGAUGAAUUGCAGUUUCAGUUACUUUAGUAUUUGCUUGAUGAGGGAGAGCGCGGGAGGUUGCCGCUUGGAUAAAAGGUAAAAAAAACAGUCCACAAUUACAACAAUUAAUUAAAUAAUUAAUUGUAAACAAUUAAAUAAUUGAAAAUAAUUAAAGGCAACGCAGUGGCGCAAUAGGUAAUGCUGUCGCCUCACAGCGAGAAGGUCGCUGGUUUGAGCCUCGGCUAGGUCAGUUGGCAUUUCUGUGUGGAGUUUGCAUGUUCUCCCUGCGUUCACAUGGGUUUCCUCUGGGUGCUCCGGUUUCCCCCACAGUCCAAAGACAUGCAGUACAGGUGAAUUGGGUAAG